GGAGCUACUUCCUUCAAACUAGCUGCCUAGCUAAACACCUUCUGUGUUCCUUAAGAAAAGUUUUCUUUAGGACGAAAAAGAAAACACAUAUUUAUCUCAGCCUGAAGGUUUCCGGCGGGGAUGCCUUGACAUUAGCGGACGAGCUCAUCUUUUUUUACAGUUUCACGUCACUUUAAUAGGAAACAACCACUGCAGGAAAUUAGCUCGCUAGCCUUCAUACUCAGGAAUAUGAGGCUUAACCUUUCGUUUUUAUGCUUAUUUUAAAUCCUCCAGGGGAAAUGGACACCGAGCCGAUAAUAAUCCGUAUAAAGACCCCUUUAGGGGAUAUGGAUUCGUCUGUGGACUAUCCAUCUGUGCUUAACUUCAAUGACCUGCUGGUCGCAAUCAGAGACGUGAUGCCUGAAGCCACUGUCACUGCCUUUGAAUACGAAGAUGAGGUGGGAGACAGAAUUACUGUAAGAAGUGAUGAGGAGCUCAAAGCUAUGCUGUCAUAUUACUGCAACACAAUGAAUGAACAGCGCAUGAAUGGACUGAUGCCAGACCCUCUACAGAUUUUUCCAAGAGCGGGCAAGACUCCAGGGAUCCGGAACAUACAUGGCCUGAAGGUCAACACGAGACCUAACCCAGCCAAUGAUUGCACUCAGGUGGUCCCAGAAUCCUUAGCCAACAACAGUUUAAAGAAAUCAUCUGCAGAGCUAAAGACGAUCUUGACGAAUGGGCAUAUAAACGCCCAGGAUAUCCACUAUCAGGAGCAGCUUGGCCAUGGGAACGGAGGCACAGUUUAUAAAGCGUACCAUGUUCUCAGCAAACGUGUUUUAGCUGUAAAGGUGAUUCCUCUGGACAUCACAGUGGAGCUACAGAAGCAAAUCAUGUCUGAACUGGAAAUUCUCUACAAGUGCGAUUCGCCCUACAUCAUCACUUUCUUCAGUGCCUUCUUUGUUGAGAACAGGAUUUCCAUAUGCACUGAAUUUAUGGAUGGUGGAUCCUUGGACGUCUAUAAAAGAAUCCCAGAGCACGUCCUGGGAGGGAUCGCCGUGGCAGUCGUGAAAGGCCUGACAUAUUUGUGGAGCCUGAAGAUACUUCACAGAGAUGUCAAGCCUUCCAAUAUGCUGGUGAACACCCGAGGACAAGUCAAGCUGUGUGACUUUGGUGUCAGCACGCAGCUUGUUAAUUCUAUAGCAAAAACAUAUGUGGGAACCAAUGCUUACAUGGCACCCGAAAGGAUAUCAGGAGAGCAGUACGGAAUCCAUGCCGAUGUCUGGAGUGUGGGCAUCUCUUUUAUGGAGCUGGCUCUCGGCAUGUUUCCAUAUCCUCAAAUUCAGAAAAACCAAGGAUCUCUAAUGCCUCUCCAGUUACUGCAAUGCAUCGUUGAUGAGGACCCUCCGGUACUUCCUGUUGGACAGUUCAGUGAAAAGUUUGUUAACUUCAUCACUCAGUGUAUGCGGAAGAACCCCAAGGAGAGACCUGCACCCAAUAACCUCCUGGAACAUUCUUUUAUCAUCCACUACAAUGAUGGGAAUGCUGAGGUCGUGUCGAUGUGGGUUUGUCGUUGUCUGGAGGAGAGACGAUCUCAGCAGCCUCAGUGACGGAUCUAAAGUCCUUCUGUCGCCUGGACCUUUGGCUUCUUUUCAGAGCUUUCAGGCUCACAUUAGUCCACAUGCACUGAUUUAAUGACUGGGGUGAUAAUUGUUACAUUAUUAGAGAAUCUUUAUUUAAAAUGAUGACUGAUGAGAAACGAAGGAGCUUAUAUCCUUGAACGAGGUCCAGACUUUCUACAGUCCAAGUGUUGAUGCACAGCAGAUCCUCCUUCAUGUUUUUCUUCUUUCUCUGGAGAAUCCAGAAAUCUUGAGAACUGACUUAAAGAGUGCAGAGAUAGUAAACAACUUCACAAAGGACUGCAAACGGCCGACAGAGCCGGGCUUUGCUGAGCACAGCCUUCAAGUGAAUGUCAAGGUUUCCUCCUGUGAGUAACUGCCCCUCUUCUGUGCCUGUUUUACCUGUGCCCUUUUUUAUUACCUCAGCAACUUUAAGUUGUCAUUCAAUAGAGCAAACUUUGCCAUGAAAAAAAUAAAAUGCUCCUGUUUGUGCUACAGGAUCAGGAAAAAAAAUGUUACCAGUUAAAACCCAUACGUUUGUAGGAAGAAGUGCCAGUUGAUGCUUUUUGCCUCUCAGUGUUUUGUGAGGCGAUGUUUCAUCGUUAGCUGCUAUGAAGCAUACAGUGAUCAGUGCCGACCUUUCUUAUUGGUGUGUUUGUGCAACACAUUUGUCUCUUUUUUGUUGUCAAUAACCACCAACCAGGUGGAGGGCCUCUACUGGACCCGAUUCCAGUUCUGUUUGUAUCUGCACGGCUUUCUGAGGAGAUGAAAGGUUGUUUUUAUCUUAUCUGCACAUUUCUCACUCUUCACUAUUUGCCCUCAUGGCAUUGGGUUUGUUCUUCUCCCUCCUUCAUGGUGGAUUUAUUUCCUUGAAUAUGGUGAAUAGGCAGAUAUGAAAUGUUUAAAGAGUUAAGAGCAAAACCAGAAAACGAGGAUGAGCUCCACACAUCGGAUCACAAACCAUGGGAUCAGUGAGAUAAAGAAAAAUACUUCCUUUAAACAACCCGGGUUGGAUUGUAUUUAGAUUUAAGCUAGUAGGACCAAGGGACUGAAAGCACUGAAUUAACUGUUUAGGAGGAACCAGUUUCACAUUUUCUCUCACAUUUAGCUGCUUCUAAUUGUUUAAGUCACCAGAAGAGAACUUUAGACACUUUAAAACUUCAACAAAAUAAUAGAUACCUUUGAUUUAUUUUCCUUCAAAUUGAAACUUAAGGACCCUCAUUGCACAAACAGUUCCAGAAUAUAUAAAUAUUGUAAAGAUUGCAUACAGUUUGAUGUAUUUAUAGCAUUGAUUCGUGUUCAUUUUUAUGAUUAUGACUUACAGUUUGUAAAAACCAACUUUCUUUGGCAAUGUGAGUAUGAAAUAACAAGAAAGCCCUCGUAGAGAGGCAGACCUCUGCCAAGUAGCUCCGUUUGACUCACACCUUAAAUUAAUACCUGUUUUCAUGAUAUCUUUCAGAUAAUUCCUGGAUUGAUCCGGAUCAUCACCAAAAUUUUAUUAUUUGUAACCAGUCACAAAACUUUUUCUCUAAAAAUUUCAGCAAAAUCCGUCCAUAACUUAUAUUAUUUUUAAAAUAGACAAACCAAUGCUGAUGAAAACAACCUCCUUGGGGAGGGAUUUUUAGAUGCAGUAUUGUUGACCCAUCAGACAGUCUGUUCUAUAAUGUAUAUAAAUUAUAUACACUUAGAAAUUAUUCUGCAUAAAUGAAUGCAGCAUUAUUUGACGGUUAUCAACCUGAGGGUUUUCUUGGGUGUUAUAAAAGUCUGGGUUGUUUUAAUUGCAGCCUUCAUCCAGCAGAACCUGCCUGUUUGCCAUGACUGAAACAAAGAAGUGGCAGCAGAAAGUCCUCUGUUAGCCUUAUCUAGGAGAGAAACACAGCUAUACAGAUGGACUCUGAGCCGUUCGUACAGUAAAACAGAAUACACAUAAUUAUCAACAGCUGUGGUCUGUGUCAUGGAUAUUGAUCGGACGCAUAUUUUUUUCCACCCUGAAGUUUUUCUUCCACUCAACUUUCCAUUCGUUUGUUUGGAUGUAACAUUCUGAGAACAGUCGUCUUCUUUUUUGGUCUUUAGCUCAGAGUGUUAGCGACUUUCAAGUUAGCACUCUUUCUGAUGAUUUUAUGGGUAUAAUUGGACUAAAUAUUAUAUAUAUGGUUUGAAACCAGUUAAAAAUUUUCUUUAUGACAUAAGUUAAGAAAGGGAAUUAAGAGCUUUAUAUUAGCUGGAAGUCAUAAUAUGCACGAUCAACAUUAAUAAAGAUUUAAAAUGUAUUAGUCUUCGACUUAGUGAGUCCUUUAUUCAGGUGUCACUGCAGUGAGUCGCAACUUUAAACAGAACAGGUAACAUUUAUUCGCCCUGUUACACUUUAUCAGAGAUGCAGACUCCCUCCGCUGCACCUCAGAGGGUUUUACUGAAAUAAUGUUAUGAGAUUUACCAAAACCCAAAGAGAUCAGUUAGUAUUUAGAAUAAAUUAUAUAGCAAAACCAAAGAGAAACCAGAUAAGGAAUCAUAUAUUUAUGAAAAUGUCGUUAUUGGCCUUCUUGGUAAAGGACAGGAUAUUUAGACCUAAAAAGCAGUUUAAGGUUUUAGUACAUAUGCAAAGGAAACAUUGAUUGAAUUAUAGACGAAUUAUAUGAGCAAGAGAUGUUCAUCCUAUCAGCUGGAAGAUUUUGUGUUUGUUAGCGAGAAAAUUCUGCUUUGUUUUACCAAGGAUCUUGUUUAAAUGGGAGGAUGUGGAAAUUUGCAUUUAUAAAGUAUGACCAAACACACAGUAUUGUUAUUUUUAACAUGCAAGACAUCAUGUUCAGUAAGGUAAGAUCAUUUUCAUCAUUUUUACACUGUUGAAUAAUACUUCUACAGGAUAGUUUUUACAAGAAUUUGAGGAUCUGAUGCAACUCCUGCACAGUUAAUGGGUUAAAAUCAGAUCACAGCAACUUGAUUUGGCCUCUAAAUGCUUGACUUUUGUUUCCUUACAGUGUUAGAGGAUGGAUUUGAUGAAAUCCUGCAGGGUGGAGGAUAAUCCUCCACAAACAUCUAAAGAGGAGCAGAGUUCCACUUUAUCCACAUAGAGGGCUGUGAGAGACUGUUUACCCUGUUACAUUUCAUUAUCAGGCAAAGAUAACUUCAGAAAAAAGUUGAUUUUUGACAGAAAGCAAAACUAUCCAAACCAAAUUGGCCCUCUAAUAAAGUAAUUUACCACUAAAGCUGUUACCUGGAUUGGCCCCUAGAACUGUGACUAAACGUGUGUGAAGCAUGCGUUAGUCUUUGACAUCACUGUGGGGAAGCUUUGAUCAUCUUCUCUUUGCAGAAAUGUUUACAUUCCUCCACAUUGGUUUGGCUUUGCUCCUUAGUGUUCAUGUUAUUGAAUUAGGUCUGUUUCAGUGUUUUCUUAACUCUGAUGGUCUGGUGGUAGUCUGGCUUGGCUG